AUGCCAUUAACAAAAAGACAAAACAAUACGGCGAACCCUUUUGACAAAACAGACAGGAAGAUAUUAAAAGAAGUGAAGAACCCAGACUUGCGAGCUGCUUCAUCCAAGGAAAACGAAAAUCCCCUUGUUGAAAUGUUCUCCAAGAAGCGCGCUUCCUCAGACGUUGAUGAUGUUCGGGGAGAUGAGGCUCCUGCGGGCCCCGGGUUCCAGUCAAUGUUGGAGCAGUUUGGUUCAGACAUCUCCAAGGCAGUGCAGGCCAAGAAAAAGCGCCUGGAAUCCCUGACCAACAACUACAUGAAGGUCAGCCAACACAAACUGGAGCAGCAGUGGAGCAUGCACCAAAGCCAGCGGCAAAAACUCACCCAAAAGUACUCGCAGCAGGUGUCGGUGGUGCUUCAGCAGUGGGAGCUGGAUGCACAGCGUGGCGAGGAGCAGGAGGAGCGCAUGAAUAACCUGUUCAAACAGCAGGUGAAAAUUCUGCAACAGGCCAGAGCCGCGCACAGCCACAAACUCAAGUGUGUGCGCGAGCUGUACGAGGCCUUCGUGAAGAACUCAGAGGAGAUGCAGAAGAGCCACGAGGCGUUCCUCCAGGGGGCAAUGCAAGAGCUGCGCGGAGAGAUGAGCGCGCUGCAGAAGAAGAUCCUCAUCGAUAUUCAACAGCAGGAGAUGGCCAGUGUCCGAAAGUCACUUACAUCGAUGCUUUUCUAG